GUUUAAAUGUCACCUGUCAGCGUAGGUUUAUUUUUCGUUCGGUACGAAAGGGUAAAUUUUGCCGCGCUCGAAGAGCCGCAUCGUAUCGUAUCGUAGCGAGUACAACAAACGUAUAAUACACGUAGAGGUAUUACAGAGACGAAAAGAGGCUUCAUUCGAUACUAUGGGAGCGCGCGGCAGAGUUGGCGGGAAGGACGCAGUCAAGCCAGCGCUUCGGUCUCGUACUAAAACGGGCGGGGCCAACUCCGCCAGCUGGCAGACGGACGAUCGACUCACGUCGACCGAACCAUCCGCGACGUAAAUAGUACCCGACGAAUUAACCGCCGCCGAACCCGAAAACCGCCACCGGCGACGGCAAAUCCGACACGAUACCGGCCGGUAGCGUCGCAACGCACCCGAACCGCCCCGUCGCCACGGCACCCCGUCGAUUUGACGGCAUUCGGAAGUUUCGAUGCCGCGGCGUAGGAAUAUUACAUCGGCGUCGACCUGGCCUCAGCUGUUUCCCGCCAAACGCCGCUACCAGAAAACUAUUGCGAGGCGUAGCGUAUGUUGGUCGUCCCGCGCUCCGACGUGCUAUUCAGUGAAUUAAGUGCGAUUACGACGGCGGGCGGGUUGAAUUCGAGCGCAAAAAGAGCGUGGUGGCGAGCGAACGCGCGCGUUCCGACGGGAAUCCGAACCCCCGGGGGAGUGAUAUGUCCGUGUACGUCGCCAACGAGGAAAUCGUCAUCGACGAUUGCUGUGCGGAUAGGAACGAGGCUUCGUCGAACGAUAUAUCCAGUAGGAUAAACAAAGGCGGCGAGCCGCCGACGGCGACGAUGGAGCAGGAGAAGCGGAUGCGCCGAGAAAUAGCCAACAGCAACGAGAGGCGGCGCAUGCAGAGCAUCAACAACGGUUUCCAAUCGCUCAGGUCGCUUUUGCCGCACCACGAGGGCGAGAAAUUGAGCAAGGCCGCGAUUCUCCAACAAACGGCCGAAUACAUCUAUUCGUUGGAACAGGAAAAAACGAGGCUGCUGUCGCAAAAUUGCCAACUGAAGCGAUUGGUCAACCAGCACGAGGGCGGCGAAUUGCCGCCCAAGAAGAGAAAGACUGAACUGAUUAUUCCCACCAUCACCACCGAUUCCUCCGACGAGGGCAUCGGUUCGCCGGAACUGAUAGUGGUGAGCAGCAACGCCUCGGGCGACGUCGCCGCGGCGUCGGAGCUGAAGCAACAAUUGGAGAACGAGCGCGCCGUACGAUUGAUGCUCGAGAACCAAGUGCGCCAACUCGAAGCGCAGCUAUUCCAACAACAACAACAACAGCAGCAGCAGCAGCAACAACAGACGCAGAUCUUCGAAUUGGAAGAAAACGGCGAAACGGUCGGCAUGCAGCUGAUAGCGGCCGACAGCCUGCCGCCCGUCGGCCACACCCAAACGGUCGUGUGCACCGGCUCGCCGCCCACCUCGAGGAGCCCGAGCCCGGCGUUGCUGCCGGUCGCGCCGGAACCCCAACGGUUGCCCAGCGUGCUCGAGGCCGCCAUCAAAGCCGAACCCAAGGUGGAAGUGGAAAGGUUGCCGUCGCCGCACGGUUCGCACGAGGACGCCAACGGCAGGGCGUACAACAUGUCGAACACGUCCAGACAGAAUCUCGAGACCAUCGUCGAGGCGAUCAGACACCUCGAAGGCAAUCACAUGUUCGACGACGAACAGGACGUGCCGUUGGCGCUCACCACGCGAACGACGUCGGGCGACGGGAGUGGGCUCGAAGCCGACGUGCGUACGGCGUAUUUGGAGUUCAACGCGACUUCGGUGCAGCAAUACCAGCACUCUCGACCAGGGGUGAUUGUGGUGAAGCAGGCGUCGUGAUCGCGGAUCAUCCGUUUCGCUAGUUUGUCCGGCGACGGACGGACGGGGCAGGAGUAAAGCGAGCGAGCACGGGCGAGCACCGAGCGAGCACCGGCGAGCCCCCCCGAGCGCGCGUUCCGGCGUUCCGGAAGGCGGUUUUUGGUUUUUUGGUUUUCUAUCUCUCUAUCGUCGAUGUGCGCGUGCGUGUGGUAUCCGAAAAAAAAUCGAACGCGCCGAUUAUUAUUUCGUCUAUUUCCUUCUACAAUUCUUUUCUUGUACGGUUUAGCUAUUAGAUAUGAGAUAAGGUUUCAAUAAUCCCUUUUAUUUUUUCCUCUCUAAUUUAUUAUUUCGUCGGGAGUCGUCGCGGUUGCGGUUCCGGUUCCGUUUCGGAAGAGGCGAGGCGAGAUUAGGUAGUUUUUUUUUUUGGAAAAUUCGAGCGAUGAUUGUGCGUGUUGAAAUUUUUUGAUAUAUUAUUUUUUCGGGGUUUAUCAAUCGGUAUGAAAAUUAGCGAAUAAAAUUGUAAUGUUUUUUUUUUGUUUGGGGUAUCGAGCGCGGGGUUAUUUUGAUGUGUACUAUCUCGCUUCGCCCAAAGCACUACUAAAACUUAAUUUAACAUAAAACUCCAGUUUUAGUGGGUCUUUUAUUAAUUUAUUUUUUUUUGGUGUUUGUUCAUUAUAAAUCGGAAAUUUUAUUGCAUGAUACAAAUCCAACAAGUUUUCUCUACUAAUUCCGUUUACAUUAUAAAAUUUUCUAGUUGUAUAACGAACGAACACCUUAGAUGGGCGCAAUUGUGCACGUUAUAUUUGAACAAAAUUUUCUCGAAUAGUUCAAUUGCGCUCGAAAGAAAAUUCGAACGGAACCGGAAUCGUUUCUCGGAGAAAAAUCGGAUAGCUCAUUUCGACCAUCAUUAAUUUAUUAUUUACGUACUGAAAAGCGGAAUCUAAUUAGGCGAAAAAGUUUCAAUCAAUCGAUUCGAUCCCAGUGAAACGGUGUGAUAGAAUUGGCUAUAUUAAAUUAUUAAUUAAAUCGUAAUUGCUCGAUUGAAGUGAUCUUAUCCGAUUUUUUUUUAAGUACAUGACUAAUUUUUUUUGUUACUUAAAACAUUAAAGUUUUAUUUGAAACGCCAAAAAUACAUAUACAUAUAAAAUAUAUAUUUAUCAUUAUAUUAGAAGAUAUAGUGAAGAAAAUGUUUUGUUCCUUUUUUUUUGUAUAUAUUUAUAAUAUUAAAUUUGGGUCGCGUAGCGGCGACCCUCUUAGAGUUAGUUUGUGUUCAGCGCACGAUCUGAAUGCAUGGGGAAGUUUGUCUAUUUUUUUUUGUAUUUUGUUGUUUUUUCAUUCUACAUUGGAAUUCUUAAACGGAUUCUCGAGGAUGCCAAUCGUUUGUUGGACAAUUUCUUUUUUCAUGAAGUUAAAUGUUAUUGAAUUAAGCGCGGUAAAGUGAUGUAAUUACCGGCGGUUUUUUUUUUCCUCUCCUGCAAGAGCGUCCGUUUAAGAAAGAUUUAUUUAUCUACAUCUUGUACAUAACUUUGAAAAAUUUGGUAUACGUACGAUGAAGUUUGAAAAUAAUUAUAUUGUUUUUCGUUAUGCCAUAGGUAUGUAGUUUAUAUGUUUUUUUUUUAAUUUAAUGACCAGAACACACUUUAGAAACUCGAAAUUUCAAACUGAAGUUGAUCGUGUAUUGUUGAUUCGAUUCGAUUCGAACGAAUGGAAAAAAGGCUGUCAACAAUUUAUUAUUUGCGCAAUUUUUAUUUGUAAUUUUUAUUUAUCUUAAAUAAAACUAUUCAUGUAAUCAUGCCUGAUACGAAUUUUGUUUUUUUUUUGCCUUUUCGUUUCGCUUCUUUUUUAGUUGAAGGGGCCAAAUUUUGUACUAGGUCAAAUUAUUAGAUAUAAAAAUAAAAACCACAAGUUGGAAAGAUUGUUGUAUGUUGUUGAGGUGUAUUUCCAAUGCGCGUUCUAAUAGAGAAAAGCGCUUUGGAAUAUGUUCGGUUUUGAUGGUUGAAACACCAGUAUAGGAAAUUCGGUUUUUAUUAUUACUCUAAACUUAAAGCCCGAUGAGUGUCUUCUGGGUCUUUUUGUGUGUCGUGUCCCCUUUUAAUCUCGAGCAUGCUUAGUCAAAUUUUUUCAACCCUAGUAAAUUGAAAAUUUUACAAUCAUUGUGAUGCAUGAAUUUUUUACAUUUAAAUUAAAUGUUGCAAACGUACGUAGAUUUAGUAAUGUUAUUUAUAUUCGUCGUCUACAACAAAACAGAAACCGCCGAAUUGUUGGGGUGAAAAGUAUAUUAAAUUAGGCAAUUGAAUCUGAUAAAUUCCACACAAUUUGUGCCAAUGAAAAUCGCUCUGUUACAUCCCUAUAAAAUUUCGAAUAAAUUAACAUAUUGAUUUCGCGCAUUACAAAUUUUUAGAACACGCUGUAUAUACGAGUUUGUGUUUUGUACGUUUUUUUAAACCAAAUUAGAUGCAGCUUAGUUGAAUUAGAUGAAUUAGUUUUGCAUGGGCGAAAAAAACAUUUUUAUUAGAAGUUGAUAUUUUCAAACUAUAUGUAUUUUAAAAGUUGUAUUGUAAAUAAGUAUUUCGAUAAAUGCAAUUAUAUUUGAAGGAUAAACGAUUUACCCUGAUAAAUGUAAUGGUUCUUAUACUAUAAAUUAAAAUUUUAGGACUUAAGUAAUGAACGAGUAUUAAUUUUUUUUUUGUCGGUUAAUUCGUGUAGAGAAAACGAUCGAGAUUUAGGUUUGAAGGAACGAAACACACUGGAAAAUAUAUAUUUUUUCAAUUUUUAGAAACCUAACAUGCAAUUUCCAAACCACUGCCAUUUUGUACUCAGAAACAACUAGUUUAAAAAUCCACCCGAUGAGAUAAUUUUCAUAGAAAACAAAACCCCUCCGUCAAACCUAAAUCGAGCGCAAAUUAUUUCGUAAAAACGUUCAAUCAUUCGAAAUGAUUGAAUGAUUGAACGUUUUCCCGACUAAUCUCGUGUAAAGGACAAGCAAUUCUAAAUAGGCAAAGCAGAUGUAAGUAAAAUGUAUAUCACAAGUUUUUGUACAAUUGGAUAUUGUAGGAAAAAAUCUCGCUGUGAUAACCAAAAAUUGGAUGAAAGAAUAAUUUUUACAAAAAAAUAAAAUAAAAUGAAAAAAGGGUCGCUGCAAAGGUAUUUAAUUAAAUUAAUAUACAGGGUGUGAGCUGUGGAUUCUCUUUCAAUUAAUAGGGGGCGCGUGUUUUAUCUGCUUUGCUCGUUGAACUGAGGGAAGGAUUAUUAUUCAACAAAAAAAAAACCUUGCUAAAUUCUACGAUAAGGUUUUUUUUUCCUACUAUUUGCACUGCUUCAUUAGAACCUACUUGUUAAUAACGUUGAAGUAAGAUUGGGUGUAGCGAUAGUAAUAAAAUGGAAAAAAAAAUUAUAAAAUAGAUGUAGACCCUAAGAAAUGUUAAUUGAACGACAGUUUGGAGGAAUGUAUCAUAAUACUAAAUUCGAUUUUCAUUAAUUCCAUUCGUUACUGUGAUUGUAUUUAUAUGAAGCUACUACUAAAAAAAAAAAAACGCUAUUCCGAAAGUACUUUGUAUGUUGUAAUAUUGGCCUUUUAUAUCUUACUACUACAGCAAACAAAAAUCGAGUAGAUAUGAAAAUAAAACUAAAUCUACCGGUUUUUAUUUGCCGUAGCGCAAUUUUCUGAAACUAAGCCGUGACUUAAGUCUCAACCCGACGGUUCCGUUCGGAGCGAUUUUGCUAAAUAAAAAAAAUCAAAUCUGGGACUCUUCAAUGUUUUUGUAGCACAUACACACAAUGACAAUUGACAGUCUUGUUGUGGUCUGGUCAGACUAAGUUCACCGCACAGUUAGGUAUGUGCUUUUCAUUAUACUUAACGUUGUGUUGCUUGUACAAUUCAUAAUAUUUCAAUAAAAAUCGUAAACUGAAACUAAUCGUCGUUUCAUUUGCGGGAAUUUCUAAGGUAAACGGGAUAAUGUGUUAUUUUUUUUUUAUUUUAA